AUGGCUCAGGACAAUUUAGAAGGCCAAAAUGAGGAGCUCCGCCGCAUACAGCAGCAAAAUGAUGAGCUGGAAAGACAACUGCUCAACCAAAGACUCCAAGUCCAACAAGACCACCUGAACUUGGUUCAGAACCUUCCCCCAUGGCCCGGUUUGCCAAUGUUUCCACCACUCCCCAGAGCUCCUUUGAAUGAGAGAGAACAAGUGGCGAGGGAUCUCGAGGAGCUUCUACAGAUGAUUGAGGACCUGGACUAUGAGAUUUCUCUUGAGGAGAGAUCACGGGCUCUUCAAAGGCAAGGAAUUCUUCCAGCGGCUCGUCCGGCUCGCGAUCUGGACCAGCUUCGUCAAAGAGUCGAUCAAUUGGCACAACCUCUGGCUCAAAUGGUUCCGGCUCUGAAUGCGAUGAUCCAUCAACUAGGUCAACAGAUUCCAGGACUUCGAGAGUUGAAUGCUGCUCAACGAGCCCAGCCACCACCGCCACAACCACCAGCACAAAAUAAUUAA